ACUCUGGAAUAUUGACAUCUUCCUUGUGCUUAAGAAGUUCCAAAGACUAGCAAGAGGUUAUAAGGGGUCACCAAAAUGCAGUCGCCUCUAGGAGUGCACUUACAUUAUGGAGAUCAUCAUGUAGUACUGGAUAAUGGGAUACUCCAAGUUACAUUGUCCAAUCCGCAGGGAUUUGUUACUAGGAUUCAAUACAAUGACAUCGACAACUUGCUUGAAGUCCUUAACGAGGAAUCUAAUAGAGGGUACUGGGACCUUGUUUGGAGCUCACCAGGAAGUACUGGAGCAACUGGUAUCUUUGAUUUAAUCGAAGGAACGAGGUUCGAGGUUAUCGUUGAAAGUGAGGAACAGGUUGAGAUCUCUUUCACAAGGACGUGGGAUCCUUCCAGGGAGGGCAAACUCGUCCCAUUAAAUAUAGACAAAAGGUUUAUAAUGCUUCGUGGUUCAUCGGGAUUUUACUCUUAUGCCAUUUACGAGCACUUGGAGGAAUGGCCUGCUUUCAACCUCGACGAAACCAGGAUUGCCUUCAAACUCAGAAAAGACAAGUUCCAUUAUAUGGCAAUGGCCAACAACAGGCAAAGAUUCAUGCCCCUCCCAGAUGACCGAUUGCCCAAGAGAGGUCAGACCCUGGCCUACCCAGAGGCAGUCCUACUUGUUAACCCAGUGGAGCCCGAACUCAAGGGAGAGGUGGACGACAAGUACCAAUACUCGAGUAAGAACGAAAACAUUCGGGUUCAUGGGUGGAUCUCCACCAAUACUGACCCGCCUAUGGGAUUCUGGCAAAUUACACCCAGCAACGAGUUCCGAUCUGGUGGCCCACUCAAGCAGAACCUGACCUCACAUGUGGGCCCCACCACGCUCGCUAUGUUUCUAAGUGCACAUUACUCCGGAGAGGAUCUGGUGCCAAAAUUUGGAGCCGGCGAACGAUGGAAAAAGGUUUUCGGUCCGGUUUUUAUGUACGUUAACUCUGCAUACGUUGGAGACGACCCACUUCAGCUAUGGGAGGAUGCCAAAACGCAGAUGAUGAUUGAAGUUCAAAGUUGGCCAUAUACCUUCCCUGUUUCCGAGGAUUUUCCCAAGUCCAACCAACGGGGUAACGUUAGCGGUCGGCUUCUUGUCCGAGACAGUUACCUAAGCAGUGACUAUAUAUCUGCAACUGGCGCUUAUGUGGGCUUGGCGCCUCCUGGAGACGCUGGAUCGUGGCAAAGAGAGUGCAAGGACUAUCAAUUUUGGACCAACGCAGACGAGGAUGGCUUUUUUUUCAUCAGCGAUAUACGCAUUGGGGACUAUAAUCUUUAUGCAUGGAUCCCGGGGUAUAUCGGGGACUACAAAUACGAUGUUGUUGUUAGCAUAACCGCAGGUUGUGCAAUUGAGAUGGGCGAUCUUGUUUAUAAGCCUCCCAGAGAUGGCCCUACACUGUGGGAAAUAGGCAUACCUGAUCGUUCUGCCGCAGAGUUCUAUGUUCCCGAUCCUAAUCCCAAGUACAUCAAUAAACUCUAUGUCAAUCAUCCUGACAGGUUUAGGCAGUAUGGCUUGUGGGAAAGAUAUGCAGAAUUGUAUCCUGAUAAUGACUUGGUUUUCACGAUUGGUGUCAGCGACUACACUAAAGAUUGGUUCUAUGCUCAGGUUACCAGGAAGAAGAAAGACAGUAAUACAUAUCAAGGAACUACGUGGCAAAUUAAAUUUACUCUCGACAAUUUGGACCCCAACGGUAACUAUAAGCUGCGGCUGGCACUGGCUUCUUCCACUCUCUCUGAACUGCAGGUUCGGGUGAACGAUCCAAAGGCAAAUCCUCCUCUAUUUUCAAGUGGAUUGAUAGGAAGGGACAACUCAAUUGCUAGACAUGGAAUACACGGGCUGUAUUGGCUUUACAAUGUGGACGUACCAGGUGGUCGGCUUGUCCAAGGGGAUAAUACCAUUUUUUUGACACAACCAAGAAGCUCCAGCCCUUUCCAAGGGAUUAUGUAUGAUUAUAUCCGUUUAGAGGGCCCCCCAUCUUCUACUUCUCAGAAACAAGUAAUGAGUUCCUUACACAGUUUACAAAUUAGCAAGACUGUUCAAUAUUUUGCAUAGAUUUGGUGCAUGCGAUCGAUGCUACACCCGCAGUUUCUGAGUUAAAUUUGUUGUUGAAAAGAAGACAUUCAUAGCAUUAUGUAUAACGAGGCAGUUGUUGAGCAACUGGGUUUGUAGCUGAGUUUGAA